UUUUGACACGUAAAAUGCGCUGUGUGUCGUCCAAGAUGAACGUGAAGGUCGCCAAGUGAGCCGCGAGACAACGCUUAGUUAACAGUAGUUCGUUUAGUUUAAUAUUGUUUUUCAGUUCUGGACUCUGUGAUUGCUAAUCGCCGGUUUCGACACUCAUCUUGGAAGACAAUGGAUUAAUGGAUAAAUAAUGCAGGCUGAAAAUAUAUCCCCCUCGAACAUAGCUGUCGGUGUGCCUGCGGAGGUCAGGUGACCUCUUAACCCAGUGAUAAAUUAAACCAUCGUUGUUGAUGAUCAGCAGCUUAAAAUGAAGCUGUUCAAGUUGAUCGUUCAUCAGAAGAACUUUAGUGGGGAGGAUUUGAUUAUAAAUCCCAAAGAUUAUCCGGGAAUAAAGAAAGGCGAUAUCGUUGAGAUAUUUCAUCCGGAAGAUGAAUUCAGUCGUUUGCUUCUGCAGAUCACCGCCUUCAAGGAGGAUCUACAAGGCAGAGAAACCGUCAGUGUUGAAAAUAACAUUGCGACCACUUUUCAACUUAGAACAUUCGCUGAUGUUUACAUGAAUAUUGUCAAUCCCGACGACGUCGCCUUGGAUUCUGUCGAGCUCACCUUCAAGGAUCAAUAUAUGGGGCGUAGCGAGAUGUGGAGGUUGAAAAAUUGUCUGGUCAACACGUGCGUGUAUUUAAAUAAGAAGAUCGAAUUCUGCGGAGGAAGCAUUAGGUGCCAAGUACACGAAAUGUGGUCCCAGGGGGAUCGAGUUGCCUGUGGCGUGAUAACUGACGAUACAAAGGUGGUCUUCCGUUCGUCGACAAGCAUGGUAUACCUGUUUAUCCAAAUGAGUUCCGAAAUGUGGGACUUUGAUAUUCAUGGAGACUUGUAUUUUGAGAAAGCAGUAAAUGGGUUUUUAGCUGAUCUUUUUCAAAAGUGGAAGAAAAACGGUAGCAACCAUGAAGUGACGAUAGUUUUAUUCUCACGAACAUUUUACAACGCGACAAGCCUUGAAGAAUUUCCCAAUCACAUGAGAGAGUGCUUGCAGCACGAUUAUCGGGGUAGAUUCUACGAAGAUUUUUAUAGAGUUGCUGUACAAAAUGAGAGAUACGAAGACUGGAGCAAUAUAUUAGUUCAAUUGCGAAAACUGUUCACCGAUUAUCAAAAAAUUGUCCUCGAAUAUCACCAACGGCCUGGAAUUGUUAUGCCAAAAGCCAUAAACUCAACAGCUGCUCAAGGGAAUUUCUUAGAAGUUCUGAAUAUGUCCUUGAACGUUUUCGAAAAACACUACCUGGAUCGCAGUUUUGAUCGAACCGGGCAGCUUUCUGUGGUUAUCACUCCGGGGGUUGGAGUAUUCGAAGUUGAUAGAGAAUUGACCAACGUUACUAAACAAAGAAUCAUUGAUAAUGGUGUGGGUAGUGACUUGGUUUGCGUGGGAGAACAGCCGCUGCACGCAGUUCCUUUGUUAAAGUUCCAUAACAAAGAUACGUCGAUAAAUGCUGCAGACGACUACAGCAUGCCGCAUUGGAUAAAUCUCAGUUUCUAUUCGACAAACAAAAAAAUACCUUACUCAACCUUCAUACCUCGCAUCAAGUUACCACCUAAAAUAUCAAAACCACCGUCAGAGUGUGGAAAAUUGCCAAACAAGACAAAGCUUCUGCAAGAAGAUGGCAGCGAAUGUCUGCGUAAUACACUGUUCGACUAUGACGCCUACGAUGCUCAGGUUUUCCAGUUACCACCUGUUCAUACUGCUAGCUUGCAGAGAGUAUCGACUAGAACAAAGAAAACUAGUGUAGCCUGCAUGGAAACGCACAGCAAUUCCCAGGCUCUUAAAUUGUUGAAAAGAAAGAUGUCGGAUCCUGAUAUACAUCAUCCACCUCCCGAUACUCAUUCUUCCCCAACGGUUGCCUCCCGCAGUGCAGCAAUUUCAAUUCCUCAUCGAGCGGACGAUUUGAUAAGUGUCAACUCUAACGGAGAAGUUAAUUCAAAACCAAGAAUAUCUUUAAUUGAUGACCAUGGAGAUGUGGAGAUAUCACCUCCGUUUAGACCAGUCGUCGGUAGUGCUGGAAGUCCUACCAAUUCCGUUACUCAACCCAACAACAUUAGGCCAGGAAGAGCUCUGAUCAAUCCAUUUGACCCGUCUCACGUAACGAUAAAGUUGACAAGUAACAGGCGAAGAUGGACUCACAUUUUUCCGAAAGGACCUACGGGUGUGCUUAUACAACAACACCACUACCAAGCUGUGCCUACGCAGUCUAGUCCCGAACAACUUAGCGACACAAUGUCCAUACUCAGCAGUUCUCCUAACGAGCACAGCAUCGCGUCCAUUAACGCUCAGAGUACUUGUCAAAUUCCGAGGUCUGCGUCACAAAUUGGAUUUCAAGAUCACAUGAAAGGAAAGGCUAUACGGCUCAAUUUCCCAUUAAAUUCGGUCGAUAAAACUGGGCAUAUUGGACCCCCAACCACUAAUAACAAAAGUUUGACGCUAUUAUGGGGUGCGACUGGUGAACAAGAAUGGACUCCAGCUCUAACAACAGCGAACAUAGGUGUCGAUUGGAGAUCAUUAACUAUCCCAGCUUGCCUCCCUAUUACAACGGAUUACUUUCCAGAUAAAAGAAGUUUACAGAACGAUUACGUCGUCUCAGACUACAACUUGUUACCCGAUGACGUAAAUGCAGACUUUGCACAACUUAGAGCAAUAUACAAAAAACCACUUAACACAGCUGAGGUUUUCAAAGAACUUGUUUCUCAGCGUUUAGCUCAGGGAUUUCAAUUGAUAAUUUUACCACCAGCCAAUAAAACGCAAGCAACAACACCCGGCAGUAAACCUCCAGCUCCGCUAAGCUCGUUGAUGCGUGGGAUGCAGGUCGAGUCAGAGCCGAAAGAAGAAUACUUACUCAGUAUUGGCAGAAUUUUUCACAAAAUAUCACUUUGCGGAAAUUCUAUAACGGUCACACGUUACAGACCGAGAAUAUUUAUGUUUCACAGACAUCCCUAUCCUCCAUUUAACAUACACUAUCGAUAUCGUUUUCACGCUCCUCAUCACGACACUUACGAAGUAUCGUGGGUUUCCUUCACCACUGAAAAGCUGGAAAAUUACAACUGGAAUUAUUUGGACCACUAUAUUUGUACUAGAGGUGAUACAGAUUUUUCAUUAGUCGAGGCACUCAAAUAUUGGCGUUUUAGAGUAUUUCUGCUCCCUCUGAAUACUCCUGCCACUCGUCGAAUCUUGGAUGGUUCGGUACAUUGUGACAUAUACUCACCAGCUACUUCCGCAGAGCAAGCCAACUUUAUGGAAGGAUUCUUACGAUUUAUCGAGACGUGGUUGAACAGAAUUCGCCGUCCCAACGCGAAUAAAAAUUGGCAUGAUAUGUUUCAGAGCCCGGCAGCUCUAGUUGGAGUUCCCCCGAGAGAUCCUGCCUCCCACUUGACAAGGCGCAGGCACAGCACGAGCCUGAUAUUCCUCACUAACCAGACAAGUCUUGUUGGCAGCUCUCCGUUCAGAGAGAGACUUGGGAGCAACCGCCUGCCUGAAAAACCGAGACCCAGAUCGGGCUCAAAAGUAAUGGACAGAGGCAGAGUGUCGCCUGCGAGCGAGGCCGUCCUACCACACUCUCCGGAGCUACAACAACAACAAGAUCACUCAGAAUGUAGUGAAGACAGCAUAAAUGCCGAAGUGAGCAAGAUUAAAAGCAGCGCCUCUAACGCAGAGAUACUUGAGGCAAUGAAGCAACCGCAUACUGGAAUAGGAUUUUUAACUCAACAUCCGUCAUUGCCAAGCCUGACAUUUGUCAGCGCAGAAGCUGUCCAAUGGUUGAACAAUCACAUCGAGGGUGGCGUCACAGUUGAAAAAGCAAUUAUUAUAAUGGAGGGAAUGAUUCGAGAGAGGCUGAUAUGCCAUGCAUCUGGAAGUUUCAAGAAACCAUUCAUUCUAGGAUUUUACCUCUAUCAUAUAGUGCAAGACAAGGAUGGUCAGAAAGACAGGGAAUACUUUCCACCCUUAGGUGAUCUUCGGAGUUUUGAGAAUGAAUGGGUUGAAGUUGAGAUGAAAGUGCCAAAAGGGUGGUGCGAACCCACUGCUCCAACGCAAAUUUCAAACAUAUCAUCACCUAUAUCUAUACCCAGUUGCGAUAUCAUAGACGAAUCGAGUGUUCCUGUUUUUCUGCGUGACGACUCGGAUCUUGUAUUCUUGACGGAGGAUCGUGAACGGACUGCGCCAGUUUCUCCUUACAAGCACACUCAUCUUGAUAUAGACAUAAACAAUAAAAGCGAUAGAAUAGAAUGGGGACACCUCAGAUAUCAGUCAUUAUUCAAGACGGACUAUUCUUACGAAUUGGUUGUCCAGUGGGUCGCAUCCUCGGGGAGUAUAGUUGCUGACCUUAUAUUCGGGUGGCAACGAAAAGCGCAAUUGUGUGGAAUACAAAUGGUUCCGAUACCCAGUGAUUUGCUUGCGCUACCUUUCACUCUGAAAAGUGAUCCUCUUCGGGGCCCAAUCUUCAUACCUCUACACACGGAAUGUUUGAUGACCAACAAACCGUAUCUAUUCGAUGAGUUUCGGGAAGACACCUACACUCAACGGUUGUUCCUCUUCCAAGAAGCCAUAGUGCAAAGGUUCGGUUUUGUACCGUGUCUGGUGGAGGGCACUGAAAAUGAUCAUCAAUACGUCCACGUUACUGGCAAUGCAUUUAUUCUCGUACCGUCGACAUCUUGUAUUCGAGCCAGACCACGAACGGAUACGAAUAUAAUCAGACGGAUAACGGGCCAGAAACGAUAUCCAGUCCAUCCUGAUCAAUCUAGUCCGCACGAAGCAUAUAUUACAAGGCAUGUCAGUGGAAAAAAUAAAGAUGACUACAGCAUGGACAGGAGGGUUGGCUUUUUGUGGUCAUGGAAUCAUAUGGUCAGUCGCAAGUGGAAAUCGUUGUCAACAUCAGCGACCGGGGAUGAGUUGUUUCAAAAAAAAAUUAUUCAAGAUUUUAGAAACUUUUGUUCGAAUGCAGACAACAGAUUAAGACAGUACUGGGAGUCAUGCUGGGAACUCAAAGAGAAAACGUGUUCCCGAACCGAGUAAUUAAGUACAUCCCAGUGUUCUGAAAUUCAAUGGCCUCGCUAUCUGUUUUCGGGAAUUUAUUGUACAUUUCAAAAUACUAUACGAGUGCUGGUUUGCUCAGUUUAAAAUGAUUCAGUGAGCAACUAAGAAAUACAUAUGAAAAAAAGUUGGAUUAAUCGUGGUAGUUUUAAGUGGGCCUAUACAGCCUGAAAUUCCUAUUCUUGCCGUUACUGUACAAAAGUGAAAUUUACAGAAUAUUAAGAAUAAUAUUAACAAUAUAAGAAAGUCAGGUUUAAAUCUUUUAUUUGCAACGUCUAAAGUAAUACAUUAAUUAAUAUUAAUAUUAACUACAAAGUUAUCCAUUUUAUUAGACAUUUUGUAUUGAAAAAUAAAUAAGUGUUUCUUUCGACAGGCCCAGAUAAUUUGUAUGGAGACAAAAAAAUUACAUUGUGA